GUUGGCGCCAAACCAUACAGCCGUGUUUGUCGAUACGGGGGACGACUGUAUCAGUUGGGAUGGCAGGUGCCUAUUGCUGGUGAGCCCUGUGCCCAAUGCCAGUGCGACGAGCACUGGGAUGACAACAAUCCAUUGGACAGUCUGUCCUGCGGUCGCGUUGACUGUGAGCCGGAUCUGCAAAUCAAACUGAAGGCCGGCUGUCGGCCCCUAUACUCGUCACACGAGUGCUGUCCAGUCGACUAUUACUGCGGCCCGCAGUGUGUAUUCAAUGGGACCCGAUAUCCAUUGGACACCAAACUAUAUCUGAGCCAUACAUCGGGCGACGGCACGUGCGAUGAGUGCCGGUGUUCAGCGCCACCACAUUUCACAUGUGUUAACAGUGUCUGUACGGCACGGAUUGGCCACAAAUUACUUCAGCUCAAGAGUAUUCGAUGAAUUUAUUUUUAUAUAAAUAA